AUGGCUCCCAACAAGGAUCUCAAGACUAAGGGCUUCAAGCCACGUUCACGACACAUCCGCGAAAAUGAUGGAACUUUCUUAGCUGUGCAGAAGGAAGUCGAGCGCCGCGAACAGAUCUUGGCCGAUCGUCGCCGUGUCGAAGCUAAAUGGCGACCUAAGAUACCCGAAGUACGCAAGGUUAACUUCGAGAACUUCAAAAACAGAUUCCACGAUCCUGACGAGCCCGACUACGCCGUCGAAGUCCUCGUGGCUGGAUCUAACCUGCAAGCCCAGGUACGCCGCGAGCUGGCUCUCCGGCGAAAGGAGGACCAUGCUCGUACUCGCCAGCAUAUGUUACUUGCUUACGGCCUUCCCCGUGAGCAAGUAUUUGAUUCGCGAUCUAAGAAUGCCGCCUCGGAAAAGUCAAAGAGAGAAAAGAAGGCCGAGGGCGCCCAGACGGCCGAGGGCGAGAUGCAGCGAAUUCGCAUUCAAUCCCAGCCCAUCCUAGGUCAUCUCACUUCGCUCCUGAAGGAUACCGAGCAGAAAUCCACACCUCGCACUUUCAUUAGGCCCUUCAAGGCCCUGGUGUACUUCCAGCCUAAGAUGAAAGAGAUUCUCGCUACUCUCGAAGAGAAGUGGGCUGAUUAUGAGGAUAUCGAAGAUAUUCAGUCUGUAGAUCUCCCGGAGAUCCCUGACAUGGAAAGCCUGAAGUCGAAAUCAAAGGACCGGGUUAAGAGUGACGUUAAGGGUGGUAAUGAUGGCGAGGAAGACCAAGACGACGACGACGAUGAUGAUGAUGAUGACAACGAGAGUCUCCAUUCGGUUGACUCGAACGCCGAAGACCUGGACACCAUUAUGGAUAGCCCCGAGGCUCUCAGGGACAUGCGAUGUUAUGUUAACUUCAUCGACAAGGAGGUCAUGCCUUUACACGACCGUUACUCUAAUAAGGCAGCGGAUAAGGUUAAAUUUGAUGACCUGUGGUCAGUCUUCAGACCCGGAGAAAUUAUUUAUAUGCCUUCAGCCGGAGAGACAUCAGGCCGGUAUCACGAAGUAUGGAGAAUAUAUAAAGUUAAAAUGGCAGAAGUCGAAGUAGAGUACCCAAGCAAAGUAGAAUGGGGGGGCUUCUUCCCUGACGAGCUGGCGGAUGAGAAGAAGGAUCAGUUCAAAAUCUACGCCUACUAUAUUGACCACGAUGGAGAUUCUUUUGGCGCUGUGCGCCACACCUUCCGUAUAGAGCCGUUUGUUGGCGAAAGGCUCAUCGAGUCUCUGGAAGUAUUUCCUAUCCGCUACCGACAGGACCACCAACAGCUCCUGGAGUCGCUCACGAAGCAGGGCCGGGAUUUCCAGAGGCUCCUUGUCGACAGGCAUCAAUCAUAUCAUGCCUGGACUUUGACGAGGAACCCUCCUUUCGACACCGAGGAACCAAACGAGGAGAUCUUAGAGAAGGAAAACUACGAGAAGAUGCGCCAUCCCGAAUUCGUUGAGAGCGACGUCAUCGUUGACCUGCAGGAAGCAUACCAGAAGCAUGGCGGUUGGCGUCCUUAUUUUCACCGACUAACUGUAAACAAAACAAUUUCCACCGAAACUGAGGAUGACUCAUUCGGCAUCCAACAGUGGAUGGACACUUCGCGAUCCAUUCGCUCCUACUCUCAGGCCGAGCUCGUGCAAAAAGUGGAUGGUGUCGAGUUAUGGCAGCGCCGUGAGAACCUCAACGUGGACAUGUUCUUACGCCAGAGAACGAAGGGCAGCCGUGUUCACGAGACGAACCCAGAGGCUCUGGAACUACGCGAGGAGGACCUCGUCCUUCUCCCCAAGCGUAUGUUCGCAUACGCACUACGCGAGCGCAAAUUCGUACCUGUCAACAUUCACUUCCUGAAGCCUAUCCGAAGGGAGCCAGGCGUAUUCGAGAACCUUAAGAUCUUGAAGGACUACAAGGAAAUCGUGCGAGGUCUCGUCGCUUCACAUUUCCAGAAGAAGGCCCUCGAGAGGCGAUACGUCGAUAUGUCGACUGAAGGACCGAGCCAGGACCUGAUCCAGAACAAGGGUCGCGGCCUGGUUGUCUUACUACAUGGUGUUCCUGGAGUAGGUAAAACAGCGACGGCCGAAGCUGUCGCAAUGGAGUAUCGAAAGCCCCUGUUCGUUAUCACUUGUGGCGACUUAGGUCUUACUCCGUCAGAAGUUGAGUAUUCGCUGACGAACGUCUUCCGCCUCGCGAAUCUGUGGGAUUGUGUUCUCCUACUAGACGAGGCCGACGUAUUCCUAUCGCAACGCUCCAAGGUCGACAUGAAGCGCAAUGCGUUGGUCUCUGUGUUUCUACGUGUGCUCGAAUACUACAACGGUUUAUUAUUCCUCACCACAAACCGAGUAAACACCAUCGACGAAGCUUUUAAGUCGCGUAUACACAUGUCGCUUUAUUAUCCACCCCUCGACAAAACCCAAACUGUGGAAAUCUUUCGCUUAAACCUUGCCAAGCUCCGGGAGAUCGAGUUGCAACGACACGCUAUGACGGGAGAGCCGCAGCUCGUGAUCAAGGACCGCGAGAUCAUCGAUUUUGCCGGAAGGCACUACGAGAGCAACGCCCGAUCUACCGGCUGCUGGAACGGUCGUCAGAUCCGCAAUGCUUUCCAGAUCGCGUCCAGCCUCGCGCACCACAACUACACCAUCGCUGUCGAAGCCGCGCGGGCGAACGGCCAACAGCCCCCCAUGGCGCCGGUACUGGACCGCAGCUUGUUCGAUAAGGUGCAGAUGUCGACACUGAGCUUCGACCGCCAUAUGAAGGAGUCGAAGGGAUUCGACUCUGACCUUCCCCUGAGGAACACCUUUUACGAGGAGGAGCAGUUUGAGUAA